AUGGAAUGCCCUCGGCAAAUUUUCCGGUGCUUGAAGGCACCUCUCAGACGCGACAAGGGAAAGAUCAUUGAAAUUGGUCCUCCCACUGACUUCCGAAAAGAAGAAUUGCCUGCUUACUUCUCUGAUGCUGAGUCAGUUCUCUCGCCUUGUCAAAUUCCGACAGAACGAUCACAUCUGACCAAUCAAUCACAGGACGGUUACGUCCCAGGACAGUCGCACACCGAUCGCGGAGAAAGACAGCAUGAUGAUCAAAAUGGUAGCUCUACCAUCGUUGACGAAAGGCAAGGUGCGGGCCCAUGCUCGAAGGAUGAGCGUGAGACUGUCCUCCGCUUCCGAGACCGCGUGAAGUUACACCGGUGGUGGAAAUUGAGCCCAGUUGCAAGCUAUGAAAUUGAGGCCUCGGCCAAGUCAAUUAAGGUGCAGGAAAUGUGA